AUGGCAUUUGAGAUCAUGAUUGCUAUGCACAACAUUUCACCAAUGGAUAUAUUCAGAUCUGAUACCCAUCCAAUCUGGGUUGCUAUGGAAGAAUAUCUCAGUAUUCCGGAUCUUGUCGGCCCCGAUUGUUUCAAAAUCACGAAGAUCACUCUGCUUCUUGGGGAAGAAAUCAGCCUGCCAGUUCCCUACGGUUUUGAUCAUCCACCGAGAGUCAUGAAAGGCUACAUCAAAUCCAUCAGACCUGCCAUUAGUAACACUCUCUCCGUGUUAACUGGACUUUGGAUUAUCGAGGCCUACACAGUUGGCUUUCACGGCAUUCGGACCUACGAGGGCUAUCUUGAUGAGCUUCUGGCAUGGUUAGCGUAG